AUGAACAAACGACAAAUUAUUCAACUGGAACAAGUCGAGCAUGUAAAAAAUGAAAAGAACAUUUUAUCGAUCCUUCACCAUCCUAAUAUUGUUACGGUUUAUGGAACAUUCCAGGACGAGAACUUCCUAUACAUUAUGAUGGAAUUUAUUGCUGGAGGCGAAGUUUUCUCACAUUUGAGGACUAAUGAAUGCUUCGAUCCAGAUACUGUGCGUUUCUAUGCUGCAGAAGUCUUCAUGGUAUUUGAAGAAAUGCAUAAAAACAAUAUCGUUUAUCGCGAUCUCAAACCAGAAAAUCUUCUUUUCGACGCAGGAGGUCACAUUAAAUUUAUCGAUUUUGGCUUUGCCAAAAUAAUCGAAGAGAGAACUUAUACCUUAUGUGGCACGCCAGAAUAUCUAGCUCCAGAAAUUAUUCGUGGCGAAGGCACCACAUUUGCUAGUGAUUGGUGGUCAUACGGCGUUCUUAUCCAUGAAUUAAUCUGCGGACAUACUCCAUUUGCCCAAUUGCCUGAAGACGACCUUUAUCGUUCCAUUUGCGAAGGUGUAUCAGAAUACCCACCAGAGGUUGAUGAAGCUACAGCUAAUUUCUUAGACGCGCUAUUUGCCCUUGAUCCAACUAGAAGACUUGGCAGCGGUUCAGCUGGAACAGAUGAAAUUAAAAACCAUCCUUACUUUGAGGGGAUUGAUUGGAAUAAGAUGAGAGCUCAUCAAUAUCAAACUCCAUUAAUUCCAAUGGUCACUUCUCCUUAUGAUACAUCGAACUUCGCUGACUUCACAUCACAGGUACCAGAAUAUGAGCCACUUGAUGAAGAAAUGAAGAAGAUCAAGUUUGAAAAUUAUUAA